CCUCUCCUAAGACGGCCUGAAAAUGCUAUCAUUGGCGGUCACUAAUAAUCGUAACACCUUCUCCGUGUCACCACCGGCAUCACCAAAUCUCUCGCCAGCUAGACCAAGGCCAGCUGUCUCGAUCAUUCGCGAGGAGACCUCCUCUGUAGAUUAUCAAACGCAGCAGUUCUUGAGACGAGUCUGUCGAUGCAAUAGCAGCGAUGCUGCGAUAUUCCUCACACAAGUGAGGGACGACGACGACAAACACAACUGUAAUUUUUCGAGGCCUCGGAAUAUGACCAGUGAUGGUGACUUUUUCGCUCAUCCUUCGCACUCCUCUGUGAAUACAACAGAUAAGGGUAGCAAGGAAAGCCCCGUCACUUGUACUGAUACCGAUGGCUCUGUUACUGCUCCCAGCACAGGAGUAGUAUCCUGUUUACCACAUAAUGAGAGUCAGGCAAGUCUGAUGACUCUGGUGGGCAUAGCUGAUGAUAAUGAUGAUCGACACGUGUGCUGUGAUGGCAAUGUUUCAAUGCGUGUCGACGCUGAUGAGGAGUUUUUGCAGGAGUUCGUCUUCGGGACUUCAGCAUUUCAGGUCGAUUUCGUGGCUACCCUGGCCAAGUCGGUCCUCGAAAUGAUAUCUCCUGCAGAGAUAGUCGCCUUUCCAGAUAUCCCGCUGAACCUUCGGGGAGUUACUCGAUUUUACUCACUUCGGCCACCGAGCAUCUCAAUUCAUGCGUAUUUGAAACGCCUGGAGAAGCAUUUCAUGUGCUCGCGAGAAUGCUAUCUGAUCGCCCUCAUCUACCUCGAUCGAAUUUCCAAAAACUACUCUGAAUUUCGAAUAACAAGAAGGAGCGUCCACAAAUUUUUCCUCGCUGCUUUGGUGAUUGCAGUAAAGUACUUUGACGACCUCUACUAUGACAACAAGUUUUAUGCCCAUGUUGGUGGCGUUAGAGUGGCAGAACUUGAUGUGAUGGAGGCCGCUUUUUUGCAGCUUAUCGAUUGGCAUCUGUUUGUACCAGGAGAUGAAUUCGCCCUGUGUGCCAAGAGAUUCCUAAUGAUGGGUUGCCGUCCUGCCUCUACAGAAGGACCUGUAGACUUGUGACUAUCCUCUACCCUCGACUAUGCGCAUUAUAGUAACCACAUGGAAGUCUGUCGAUAUCAACAGGAGCGAUCAUUCUACUGUUCUCAAUCAUCUGUCGGCAGCUCAAGACUUCCGACUGUUCGUCUCGUCUAUAGACUCACUCUACUAUCGCCUAUUUUUGUAUUGGCAAUUUUUCUGAGCUCAGAGGCUCCUGUACUAUUGCACUGUAUGGGAAGGCAUGUCAGUGGCGUCGGCUGUGAAGCUGCUAUUACUUUUGGUUGCCUCAAACUGUAGCAAAACGCUAAGACUUUUUUCACGGAGGGUUGUCUACU